AUGCCAAAACCAGAGCACGCAUGCGUAGAAGAGUGGGCCAGCGGAGACUCCAACAUCCAGUUUGAAUACCCAAUAGCGUCGGAGGUCAUAAGCGUUGCCGUUGACAACGUGGGUAACCAAGCAGUGUGUCUACGUGAUACGUCAUACGGAGUACGUAACACAACAGUGUGGGUGAACGCGGGGUGCAAGGGCAAGGUGUUCAUCUGUUUCCACCUCUCAGUGGCCCGCGUUGCUCGUAUGGUACAUGAUCCAGCUCAGACCGGAAUCCUAUCCAAUCUACCAGCUAUGGAAAUAGCACCAACUGAAGGCAACGUUUCCGUGGUCGAACAAGUGACUCCGGCAGUUGACUUAAUGGACGUGCUGACCACACCGCCCCCACCAACAACUCCAGAGCCUAAGUGUAUUGACGAGUGGUCAAGCGGCUACUCGAGGAUCACGUUUACGUUGCCACAUGCAACAUCACUGACGUUCCUGGAAGUGACCAACAUUGAGUAUGACAACACCUGCACCGAGGGCCGAGACUACGGCAUCAUCGGCUCUAUUGUCUGGGUCGACCUCGGUUGCAAGGCAGAAUUUGAAAUUUGCUUCAGCCUAAGUUAGAAAUUCUACCAUGAGGAGAAUGAUUUGUUUGCUUUAAAUCCUGCGGUACAAACAUACCUCUUGGGUUAGGGUUAGGGUUGAUGCGUGUAGGUCAUACUUUAUUUGAAAUACAAAAUGUGUUAAGGAGGAAAAUAUAUGAAUGUCAACAUCUUUAUUAUGAGAAACACAACGUUUCGGAUUAUAAGCUUACUCCUUCAUCGGGUGAAUAAAUGUUAUGAGGCAGAGAACAUAUAUAUGUACCUGUAAGAACAACAAAAGUAAUAAGAUAACAAAGGUGGAGACUUAACAAGUGAAGCCAACAGUUAAUUGCCGCUGUUUGGUGAUUAGUAAUGGACAAAUGGAAUCUAGCACUACCAGUUAAGUAAUCUCAUCCUUAUGAGGAUCACUUCUAAAUGUGAUUUAAAGGUGGACUUUCUAAAGUUUGAUUUCAAAUUGAAAAUUAUGCAAUUAGUUUUUUGAAGUUGUAUGUAUUGAAGCAGGGACCGGAAAUAUAUUAUAGUGAGUGAGUUAACAUUUAACGUCGCAUCGGUAUUAUUUCAGCCAUAUAGCGACGGAAAUUAUAAACAGAUCAAUAUCAUAUUGUUCGGUAGAUUUUUGUAGAGCAUUAACUCCUUUAUUCAAAGUAUAGUGGAAAUAAUUUUCACUCAUCACAUAUCACCAACAAUUAUUCUGCCCCUAAAUCUCUGGUUUUUGAGACAUUUAUUGACUUUACAUGAUCAGAGCUUAUCAAAAUAUGAAACGUCAUAUUCCUCUACACCAUUGUGAAAAUGCAGUUAAAAAAGCUAUAAUUUGUAUUUUAUGAAAACCCAACUUCUCAGUCAUAUUCCUACAAAGCAUUAAUUUUAACACGUACUUUCUUAAUCUUAUUACCUUUUAAAUGUUAAAUUAAUGUAGGAUUGUGUGUCGUGAAUGCUGCAUUAAUUGUCACAGCGUCAGAGUCACAAAUGUAAACUUAAUCAGUUACAUGUCAUAUCCAAAUGAAAUAUGAUAUCAGUAGCAUAUUUUUGUCUUCCCAAUAAUGGUUUGUCUGAAUGUAAUACAUGCCCUGUCAUUGUCUCUGGUGAGUUGCAAUAAAACUACAUUUCAAAA